ACCUGCAGGUGAAGGAGGGUGCUGUUGUAGGGAAACAGAAUCAGACUGAACUGACCUGCAGCACCUCCUGCAGCUUGAGCUCUAACACUCAGUAUGUCUGGUACAAGAAUGGACAGCCUCUACAAGACAAAGCCACAGCCUCUAUACUACUAGACUCAAGCAGACCCAUUAAACAGAACAGUUACUCCUGUGCUGUGAGAGGUUAUGAGACUCAUCGUUCCCCUGCAGUGUGUGCUCCAUCUGAACAAUGUUGGGGUGUGACCUACUCAUCUAACAGCAUCUGUGCAUUGAAUGGUUCAUCUGUGAAUAUUUCCUGCAACUACAAAUAUCCCAGGGAUCACCGCAUCAGCACAACCUUCUGGUUUAACAAGCAGAAAUCAAGCCGUCUCGAUGUAGGUCUAAGUUUGGAAGAAGACUAUCAAAAUCACACAGAGUAUGUUGGGAAUAAAGAGAAUAGUUCUACCCUGAGACUGAUAGACAUGAGAGAGAGUCACUCUGGAGAACAUGCCUUCAGGUUUACUACAGCACAGGGGAAGGGAUACUCUGGAUUACCUGGAGUCAACAUCACUGUAACAGGUAAGCCCUUUAACUGUUUUGAUAAUGAAAUGUGUGUACAUGUAGCACUGCGUCUCCCUACACAUAAUAUAUCCAUCAGUUCUGCAGGUGUUGAUAACUCCUGAAGCAGUGAA